AACUUAACCGUGUUUCACGAUUCAAUCAAUGUCUACGUGCUUGUUUGGACAACUCUAUUAUUUACUUGAAGUAUGACUUUGACAUGUCUCGCAACGCUUUCCACGACUUCUUCACCACAAAUAGUAGUAAAAUAGAUUUUGAUGGUCGAAUUUUAAUUUCAUGAGCCGAAAUUCGUAAGCACGCAUUCUUCCCAUGAAACCGUUCAUGGCCGGCGCCAAAUCCCCCUCCCGCUGCCUAGUUUCCAGCAGCAGCAGCGGUGGCAGCAACAGCGGCGUUUCUCCGACUCCGUCUUCUCGUCUCCAUUUGCCACUUCAUCCAUCAAAACCAUCAAUCCAUAAACUCCAGUUUUCCAUGUUUCGUAGCAGAUCAUACACUUUGUACGAGAGAAAGGCCAUAGUUCCUCCAUCAGCUAUCUUGAAAGUUCCUUGGCGCGACGGGUCGAGUUCGAGUUCGAGUUCGAGCAGUGAGAGAAAGUUUGCGGUUGUGGCGUGGUCCGUGGUGACUCUGCUGAUGGCGGUUGCGAAUCGGGUGCUUCAGAAACUUGCUCUUGUCCCCAUGAAAGACUACCCCUUCUUUCUGGCUCAGCUCAACAGCUUCGCGUUGGUGGUAGUUUUCUUCUGGGUGCUGUAUGUGAGAUAUCAUGUUGGCGUAACGACCAAUGAGAUGCUGGCUGUUCCCAAGUCGCCCUUUGUUGCGAUUGGCUUUCUUGAAUUCCUUUCUUCUAUAUGCGGGAUGUAUGCCGGAGCCAUGCUUCCGGGACCAGCCAUACCCUUGUUAUAUCAAACAUUCUUGGUUUGGCAACUGGUCUUUUCCAGCCUCCUGUUGGGUAAAAGAUACUAUUUGAACCAAAUUAUGGGAUGCUUUCUUGUGGCAGCUGGUGUCGUAGUCGCGGUUUCAAGUGGUGGAACAGAUAGCGGAAUGCUGUCUGGAAUCAACCCUAUAUGGCCGGGGCUGAUGAUCGCCUCAAGUUUUUUUCAAGCAGGUGCAUCUAUUUUUAAGGAAUCAGUCUUCAUUGAUGCUGCAAAACAUCUCAAGGGAAAAUCAUUGGACAUUUUUGUUCUCAAUUCAUUUGCUUCUGGAUUUCAGGCCCUGUUUUCAAUUGGGUUCUUGCCAAUUCUGUCGAACAUGAAGGGCAUUCCUUUAUCUCAACUGCCUUCAUACUUCACAAGUGGUGCUGCUUGCUUCUUCAACAUUGGAACAAACACAACAGGAUGUGAAGGAGCGCCUUUGUUACCAUUGCUCUACAUAGCUUCCAACAUCUUCUUCAAUAUAUCCAUUCUCAAUCUUCUCAAAGUUUCCAAUGCAAUCGUGACUUCUUUGGCAGGAAGAGCAGCAGUGCCAUUUGCAAUCUAUAUUCUUUCUCAGCCAUUGCCUUACCUUCCAAAAGGUGUAAGUUUAAGCCCAUUUUUCCACGUGGGCUCCGCCAUUCUUGUAGUGGGACUCAUCAUCUACAAUUUCACCAAGCGGGAGUUUUGAUACUUUCACGUGCAAAAUGCACGAACUCUCAUAGCUUAAUUAAUCUCAUUUAAACACUAACUUUGUAUUUUGUAACAAUAAUGUUUACUCUCAUGUUAAGGACUAAAUUUAUUUUUGAUUCAUCUUAUGGACUCAAGUUCAUUAGAUGUAAUCAAUUUCUUCUUCA